AAAAUGAAGAAGGAAGUUCUGAAAGAGAAGGUGAUAUCAUUCCACCGAAAAAAAUUUUCUCGGUAGAUUAUACUGAGUAGUGACUACGAAGAAAUUUAUUAAAUUAGAGUUGCUUAUGUAGAAUUAAAAAAAAAACAAAUUUUUAACAAGUUUUCGGAAUAACCCCUGUUUUUGUACUUGCUUUGGGUCUCAUACAACACGGCAAUUUUAGGAAUGUUACCUGUAUUAAAGGAAUGUUACCUGUAUUUUGAGAGAUAAAAAAGAAAGUAAUAAAUCAAAAAGAAUAACCGUAAAAUGCAAAUAAGCUAUACAUAUGGGCAUGCAAGUGUAUUAGGCACAGGAAAUGAGUUAUCAGCUUAACCGAGAUACACAAUGCAAGCAGAUAGAAGUCAAAUAGCUCCGAACAAUUUACGUUAUUAACAAGCAAUUUUCCAUGGAGCUUCCGAAAAAGCAAUAAAAAAUCGAGAGAAAUAUUUCUAAUAAACACUAAAUAAAACAAGAAAUAGGAUAUGCCCAAAGCGUAGUAUAUUCAAGCAACAUCAAUUGAGCAAAUCAACAACUUAAGCUUUUUGCCGACAUUAAAUUUGUUGGGUGUCUAUUGGAAAAGGUAGAAAGAGGGGGAGGUGCGAACAGACGUUUGAGUUAAUCUCGAUUUUCCUUCAAUUUUACUUGAAGCUUUUUUUGUAAAAAAAUUACUUCAAAUACUCAAUAUCAAUUUAACCACCUAUAAUUCCACGCUUAUAAAAACAAACAUAAAAAAUAUAAAUAAAUAAUCAGUUGAACGACCAAAUCAAUAAACGAUUUUAAAUUUUAACUUAAAACCUUAGUUCAUUUAAAAGAAAAUGGCGCACAUUGGACGUACAGUGAAAAAUGUUGAGGCGCCACGCCCAUUAAAAUCACAAUCACGCUCAUCACUGAAAAACAACUACAUGCUCAUUGAAGAGCUAAUUCAGCUUAUUGAGAGUGUUGCGUUGAAUCUACAAUCGGGCAUCAAUAAUACGGAACCAAUGGCCGCACUAGUGCAAAACCUGCGCAUACACGGUCCACAGCUGGAGACGGUAUCGAAAGAUACACUAGAUCGUGCUUUCGUUGUUUUCCGUAAUGCUUCGCAGGACGAACGCUUAAAUAUUAUGACGAGACUGAAUUUGCUCGAAUUGAUAGAGUUACGCGCCAAAGGCUGGGAGGACAAUGGCUUCAAUUCGUACUAUAAAACCAAGCAAGUAACGAACAUCGAUUUACCCGAUGGACUUGUUGAUCCAACACAAACCGGGUUCCUAAGCACCUCCCCCACAUUCGGUGGGGCUGGCGCCGCCGCUGCAGCCGCAAUAGCCGCUGUUGGUUCCGCGCAGCAGACGCAACUCCUGUUGGCACCGGGUGAGGUCAUACGAAAUUCGGGAAAGUUUCCGAAACCAACUAAAAUACCAGGCAAAACUUAUUGUAAAGACGAAGUGGUCAUACGUAAUGCGGAUUCGGGAAAAGUAAUGGGCAUUAAAGGCAGACGUGUUCAUAUGAUUGAGGAGUUAAGUGAAACGAUAAUUUCCUUCCAAAGAGUAAAUCCUGGAGCUAAGGAACGUCUGGUGCAAAUUACGGGACCAACUGAGGAAAAAAUUAACUAUGCGAAACAACUCAUCGAGGACACUAUACGUCGCAACGCUUCACCUGUGCGUCUGGACCCCGCUAUGGGUAGCGGCCAUGCUGGUGGCGGUGGUUCAUGUUCUUCACUGGCAUCUUCCAAUUCCGAUGAGGCUGUUACACCACGUACACCGGGCGCAGGUGGUGCUGGCAAUAGCAGUUUAGCCAAUCGUCUGAGCUUCAAUUCAGCGCAAAAUUUCAUGACUGCCUCUGCGGCAGCGGCGGCCGCAGCAGCAGCAGCUGCUGCACAACAGCAACAAGUCAUGAAUAUGAUGGGUGCCGUCGUUGGUAGCACUUCCACACCUACGGCUGCUGCCGCAGCUGCAGCUGCUGGUAAAGUGUUGCGUCCCAAUCAGCAAAUGUUAUUGCAUUCAUUUUCCACCAAUGAUGCUUCUUUAGGUGAAUACAAAUACACGGUGAACGUGGGUCAGCAUCUUAUCAAAAUCACCGGUGAUUGUUGCGAUCUUGUGCGGGUUGCAAAAUUAGUAUUGGAUGAUUACUUUAGCAGCGCCGAGUUCUUAGCUUCAGUGGAGGCAGGGGCUGCCUUUGAUGGUAGUAUUGUAAGUCCUAUUUCAACACCGUCCACGCCUAUGGCUGCACCACAGUUCAUGAUGGGCACACCUUUGCAUGCCGCUGCACCACCACUGGCGGAUAGCGGUAUCGGCUUGAAUUAUAUGGCCGCACAGGGUGUAAACAGUAAUGUGUACGAUUUUGAUGAUGAAGUAUUUGCCGAUACAAAUGCUUCAGGUCAAAGCAAUGGUUUAUCGCGUUCACGUAGAAGUCACUUCUCACGCAAGGACUCUACACCUGAAGCGGCAGCUAACUCAACAGUUGCGCGUGGCAAAAAUGAAAACAUAACUGCUGGUUUCGUCAGCAGCGAUUCGGCACGAAUUGUUCACGAAUACGAGCAUUUGUUGUACUAUGCGAAGAGUCCCCAUUCCUGGGCACUCCCUGGGGAGUGGCAGAAAAUAUGCGAAAAGUUCCCAGCCAUCGUACGCAAUAAGGUAACACAGCUCACUGCCACAACAGGCACUGUUACUAAUACAGCACCGAUAUUACGUGUUGCUUCCAUUACUACCAAUACUACUAUUUCUACUCCUACUACUAGUACCACUGCAAAUACGCCAAAUACUUUUCCAAAUAUUGCUAGUAAUAAUAUAUAUAAUCCGUUUGGUAGUGCCACAGUUGGCGCCGUUGUCGUUAGUGCAAAUGUGACUAUUAGUAGUUUAAAUAUGUCCACAAAGAAUUCAAAUAUGGUAGCGCAGGCACAAUCGCCCACAAUUCUUACACAAACACAGACACAGCAUCAGGCUAAUAUGCACAUGCACCCUGGUAGUCAACUUACACAUAACCGUCAGCAGUAUGAACUGCAAACACCAUUACAUAUCAAGCGGAAAGGUUUCUUUAACCGUCAAAUUGUUAGUAUAGACGAAGAGGGCUAUGAUGCACUGCGACAUCAGCAGCAGCAUUUGCAACAGCAAUACCACACCGAUCGUCACUAUAAUAAUGCAAAUGUUGGUGCAAACAGUUUAUUUCACCGUCCGUAUAGCCAAAGAGCCGACGCAAAUGCCAAUAGCAGCAACAAUCAACAAACUCACUAUCAGUUGCAGCAACAACAACACCAACAAAAAAUUAUGUCUGUCCGUUCAGGUCCUACAACCGGCAGUUUUAGCUAUGCUAAUAUGCCAUAUAGCAGUGGUGGUGCAACACCCCCACCAGUACAAGCACCACCUACCAAUAAUGUAUCCGCCACUUUUAAUAAUGGCAACACCAAUGAUACUAAUGGCAGCUCCUAUGCAUUUGUCAAUACAGACAAUAAGCCACAAAAAUUGUUAAGUAAACAAAUCAAAAUGAUUUCCUCCAUUAUGGAAAGCAGUUUAGUUAAUGAGCCGGCCGAGGAAGCCACCAAAUCUCUUGAAUCGAAUGAUAAUGGAGUCAAAGGUAAUGCUGACGUAACUGCUGCGGCUGAAAGGGAAAAAGUGAAGAUGGGUAAGACCAGACCGAGCAAGUGUAGAAAUAUGAAACGUGACAAAAGAAAUAAUGAGAUCAUUGAAAUUAUAGAUGAUGAAGAUAACGAUACUGAUGUUGAGUUUGUCAGCGAAACAAAAUAUAUGGAGACAGAAAUUGUAAUCACUGCUGAUGUUGUGGCAAAUCAGAGGCGUGCCAUUGAGCGCCCUAAGUUUAUGCGCGAGUAUCGCUCAAAUUCUACAUGCGAUUAAUAUCAGAAGCAAGUGGCAAGAGUGCAAAGUUCUCAAAUGAAUUUAAAUUAAUGAUGGUUCUCAAAAUCGUAUAGGGCAUGUUUAUACUGUAAGGAGCGAGUGCAAGAUGAGGUUUAAAACAAAUAUUUUGCAUCAACACAA